GACAUGUACCGGUGUUAAGAGUUCUCAGUUUGUCGCGAGACUGAAGACUCGAAGUGACGUUUAACCGGCGGGUCUCGUCCAGCUGAUAAAAAAGCUUUAGUGAUAAUAAAGGAAAUCUUGACAAGAUGUCUGAAGCCAAAAAAACAGAAACACAUCCUCAGGAUGAAGACAGCAAAGCCAGCAGGGUCAUCCGCAUAGGGACGAGAAAAAGCCAGCUCGCUCGCAUUCAGACGGACAGUGUCGCGGAGAAGCUGAAGGGCUUGUACCCUGACGUGCACUUUGAAAUAGUGGCCAUGUCGACAACAGGUGACAAAAUUCUCGACACAGCUCUAUCAAAGAUAGGUGAGAAGAGUCUCUUCACAAAGGAGUUAGAGAACGCUUUAGAAAGAAAAGAGGUUGACCUGGUCGUCCACUCUUUGAAAGACUUGCCCACAAGUCUUCCUGUGGGUUUUACUAUAGGAGCCGUCCUGAAGCGAGAAAACCCCUUUGAUGCAGUAGUUUUGCACCCUAAAAAUGUUGGGAAGUGUCUUGAUUCACUACAAACAAAGAGUGUUAUAGGCACCAGUUCCCUUCGGCGAGCUGCGCAGCUAAAGAAACGGUUUCCUCACCUGGAGUUUAAGGACAUAAGAGGUAAUCUCAAUACUCGACUGAAGAAGCUGGACGAGAGCGGUGACUUUGCUGCUAUUAUUCUGGCUGCAGCUGGAAUGAAGAGGAUGGGCUGGGAGAGAAGAAUCAGCCAGAUCCUCAGUCCUGAUGAUUGCAUGUAUGCAGUUGGACAGGGAGCUCUGGCUGUGGAGGUGAGGGCUUGUGAUGAAGAUAUCCUGGAGAUGGUGUCAGUGCUGCUUGAUCGGGACACGGUGCUGCGCUGUAUCGCUGAGAGGGCUUUUCUUAAACGCCUGGAAGGAGGAUGCAGUGUUCCAGUUGCUGUUCACACAGAAGUGAAGGAUUCUCAGUUAUACCUGACUGGAGCAGUGUACAGUUUAGAUGGCUCAGACAGCCUGAAGGAGACCAUGCAGACCAGCAUUGAGGCUGAGGAUCAGGAUCAGGAGAAGGUUGAUGAGAAAGUUCAGCGAGUCGGAGUUACAGCGCUGAAGGUGUCAGGAGCGGCUCAGGACGCAGCCGAGAAGCUCGGCUUGGACCUCGCCAAUCUUCUACUUAGCAAAGGCGCCAAGGAGAUUCUGACUGUAGCCAGACAGCUUAAUGACGCGCGGUAGACAAGUUUGUUGUUUUCAUUUCAGUGUCUAACAGAUGAGUGUGGCUGUCAUGUCAAACACAUCAAAGUCCAUACAGUGCUGUGAUAACCCGAGUAAAUACAAAAUGCAGUUUUUAAAUGAUUUCAUUUAUUAAGGGGGGAGGGGGUGAAAGCUGGCCAAACCUGCCUGGCUCUAUGUGAGAAAGUAAUUACCCUUGAAAUUAAAAACUGGUUCUGCCACCCUUGGUGGCAACGACUGCGAUCAAUCGUUGUUGGCAAUGAGUCAUAUUAUUGUGAAGGAAUUUUGGUCCAAAAUCCUACACAGAAUUGUUUUAAUUUGGCCACAUUGGAGGGUUCCCUUAAUGAAAUAUUCUGUGUUAUCUUUUUGUAAUAUUAAAAUUUGUUUAAAGUGUAACAAAUAUUAAAAAAAAAAAAUCUGAAUGGGGCAAAUACUUUUUCACAGCACUGUAUGUGAUUUAUCUCUUUACAGUGGCAUGAUGUUAUAGGAAAAUAAUUACAGAAGCAGAGUUCUUGUUACUACACUGAAGUUGAUCAUUUUCCUAUAACACAACAUCAUGCCAACAUCAUGUUUUAUCUACUCAAACAACAGAAAAUUGCCAAGAAUUUUUAUUAAAGAGCAACACCCAAUUUAAGGUUUAAAUACAACCAUUUAUAGAAUGUUACUUAUAUCAGUAUAUCAGUUACGAACAGAUAUUACCUCACCAUCUUCUUAAGAAGGCAAUGAAAUAAACGAUGCAAUUUGUCAAGUUAGUCAAAAAUAAUAUGGUCCCUCCGCCCUUUAUGUUAAGGAAAACUUGAAAUGACUUUACACUGGAGACUCCUUACAUAAAUGCAAAAUACACAUUCACUGCCUGGGCAAAAAAAAAGAAGUUGCUUCAGUUGGUCAGGUCUAGACUCGGCAACAGUAUGUGGCAAUAAAAUGACUUCAGCUGAUGACCUGAAUGUACUGAAUGACCAGGGUAUCGCAACUAUGGACUUUUUAUUCCCUGAUGGCUCAGAAAAAUUCCAGGACUCAAAUUGUGGAAAAGUGGUUCUGGCAGUGUACUUGUACACUUGUACGAUAACUAUACCUGCCAUGUUUUAACUAGUGUACGUGAACUAUACAAGUGCCAGUGCAUAUAAACCUGAUAUGAAUUAUACCUGUGAUAUGAAUUAUAGCCCUACUGUAAGAACUGCUGUAGUAUAAGUGAAUCAUCGCUACCUUAUCCGUUUAAGCAUUUCACUGUACAUCGUACUGUGUAUAGUGGCAUGUGUGAAAUUUUAAUUUGAAAUUUGACCAUUCAGAUUUAAAAUUGUAAGUGACGUGGUAAAAUACAAUUACUAUGUCUACUUACUUAAGCAUUAAUAUAUACAGUAUAUAAUCAUAACCAUAUGUCCAUCAUGGACAAGAACAUUUUUGAUAACGAUCGUGAUAAUCAUUCUGUACAUGAUGGCUAAACAUAAUGUAACCUUAAGACAGCUUUUUACCUUCAUCAUUUUACCUCUGCUGUUUUUUGGAUCCUCAAACACUGAAUGUCUUAUUUAGUUUUCUUAAUUUUGUCUGUACAUGAGCCUAUUUUUCAGCGGCGCUUCUAUGCAAUACUAUUAGAAGCUGAAAUUUGGUUUAUAUUUCUUAUCAGAAGCAGCUGUGUGAAUGAAACUUGAAUUACUAUGGAUGAUGGCGUGUUUUUCUUCUUGUUUGCGAAUGCAUUAUUACUGAAUAAUGCUUGUAUGAUUAUGUAUAAUUUCCUUUAACCAAAUAUGAUUAGAACUCAUUGAUUUAAUCAAUUUAAAAUUUGUUUAAUUUUAUUUUUUUCGAUUAUGUUCAUAAUUUCUUAUUGUUUUUAUUUCUAGAUUUAUUUUUCAGUGCAGUACUUUUCCUGCCACAAUAAAACCAUACCAAUGUUUCAGCCUGAAGAACAACA